GGCAGGUGAGUGGAGUUCUGGAGGGCGGAGGCGGCCCAGCCAGGUUAGAAGAAGAUGAACUUGCAAAGAAGAUCCAAGAGGAGGGAGUGUAAAGAAAGGGAAGAAAGCCAGAGGAAAAGAUGCUAGAACCACAGGAGAAUGGCAUGAUUGACCUACCAGAUUAUGAACAUACAGAAGAUGAAACUUUUCCUCCUUUCCCACCUCCAGCUUCUCCGGAGAGACAAGAUGGUGAAGGAGCUGAACCUGAUGAAGGGAAUGGGGCCCCUGUUCCUGUACCUCCAAAGAGAACAGUUAAAAGGAAUAUACCCAAGCUGGAUGCUCAGAGAUUAAUUUCAGAGAGAGGGCUUCCAGCCUUAAGGAAUUUGUUUGAUAAAGCAAAAUUCAAAGGUAAAGGUCAUGAGGCUGAAGACUUAAAGACGCUAAUCAGACACAUGGAGCACUGGGCACAUAGGCUAUUCCCUAAACUGCAAUUUGAGGAUUUUAUUGACAGAAUUGAAUACCUGGGAAAUAAAAAGGAAGUUCAGACCUGUUUAAAACGAAUUCGGCUUGAUCUCCCUAUUGUACAUGAAGAUUUUGUUAGCAAUGAUGAUGACAUAGGGGAAAAUAACAGCCAUGAUAUAACUGCUACUGAAUUAGAUCCCUUUUUGACAACCUCAUCUGAAAAUGAGAAGUUUGCUUUUGAGUCAAGUAGAAACCUAACAGAAGAGCAACAACAAAGAAUUGAGAGAAAUAAACAACUGGCCUUGGAAAGAAGGCAGGCAAAGCUACUGAGUAAUAGUCAGUCCCCAGGAAAUGACAUGUUAAUGAACACACCCAAGGCACAGAUAGUUGAAGAGGUUCAUACUGGUGAGGAUCAAAAGGAGGAGUCAAAUGGACUAAACAAAGACAUUCUGGACAAUCCACAUAAUGAUGUUCCUGCUAAUACUUUAAAUGAAGAGGAGGAAUUAAAAUUAGAGGAAACUCAAUUGGACCAAUCCUUUUAAAAUGUGCUGUAGUAGCUUUAUGUUUUAUCCAGAAAUCUUACUGAGGUUGGAUAGUCCUCCAGUAAGAGAAAAUGUGUCUGUUAACUUGCUAUCUUGCAAGGUUGGGAUUACUGUGCAUUUUAUCUACUUUGAGUGAAAAUCCUUAGGUAGUAAACCUUUUUGCAGAUUCCUACUAGAAACCUGGUAUUUAUUUAUAAUUAUACUUGUCACUUAUUAACUGAAAUCUAUUUAUUCUCUAUAGUGUUUAUUUUUGCAUAGAUACCAUUUCAUAAAAUGAUUAGUAGUUAAUAAACAGCUUCUGUUGCUAGUG